AACUUGUAAUGACCCGCUCCCAUAAUAUUUUUAAUUUUGAAUAAAUAAUGGUAAAUCUUGUCAUAAAACUAUUAAACACUUGAUCUCAACUGGUGUAAUUAUGAUUGAUUACAUCAGAACAAAUGAAAAUUUUGCGAAUCCAUUUACUAAAAGUUCGUCACGAGAUCAGGUUAUCAAAUCAUCAAGAAGAAUGAGUUUAAAGCCUAUGAAUUAAGAUGAGAUUUAGCGGCAACACUAUUUAAAUGACUGGAGAUCCCAAUAAAUAGGUUCAAGGUGACAACUAACUCAAACUAAAUCUAUCUAAAGCACUGUCAAACUUCUGUCUAUACUCAGUUUCCUGGAUGAUUAAACAGUGCUGCAUAUAAGAAAUAAAGGAAAAUCAUUUGCUUUUAAUGAUUUGCAUCCAUUGUUUUGAGAUAUAAAUGGAGUAGUACAUAAUACUCCUCUAAACAUAUUUAUUGGCAAAUCACCUUGUGAGUGUGAAAUGAAGCCGUUUCUAGGAGAAUGAAUGAAAGACUAUAUUUUCCAAGUUCACUCAUGAUUAACUAUGAAUGUUCAAGGCCAAAAUGAACACAAUAGAGAAAAUAGUUUUGGAAGAGAAUAAAGCUAUGUUAUAGCUAUUGUCUCGGUUUACACCAAAGUUCAGAGGAUUCAAGACAUCAUGUUCACUUCAUGUUCGAAUAAAUCCGAUAGUUAUUAACAAUGACGGGUUCAAUUCUGAAAAAUGCUACCAACUCAUCCUCAUGCAGUGAAUUUUUUGCUCGUACUCUCAAAAAUCGUUUUCAUUAUAAAAUGAAACUAGUUUAAAGUAUUUUCAAAUUAUGAUAAACUUCGUAGAUAUAUAAAUUUGACUUGUUUAACAGAAAUCUUCAUAUCCCCCGGCAGUAUUGGAUAUAAUGAUGGUAUUAUUCUUACGUACGAACCCGUUGUCGAAAUAGAUAUUAAAUUAUAGGAUUAAGAUGGGUGAUUUAGGGGAAUAUACCCAACUGGAGCCCAAACUAGAGAGUUGGUUAUCGAUAGACAUUAUAAGCCCAACAAAAAACAAUUCACAUUUGUUUUUUUGACCCAAAAACCUUUUAAAAUAAUUAAUAUUCAUAAAUUAUGUAAUAUUUUUUACAAAAAAUAAAAUUGUUAACAUAUGUUAAAUUUUAAUAUUUACGGUUUAAGCGAAAAAGUUCGACUUUCCAGUUUUGGCGGAAAAACAUAUAUUUACGAUUUUGGCAGUAAAAUUAAAUUUUUAGUUUUGUUAGGAAAUUUUGAUUUUUUGGUUUUAGGGAAAAACACGAUUUUACGAUUUUGGCGGAAAAAACGAUUUUUUUUUGUUUUGACGGAAACACAAAUUUCUGGAUUCGAUGGGAAAACUUGAUUUUUUUUUGUUUCGGUGGAAAACACAUAAAUUUGCGGUUUUGGCGGAAGAGAUUGAUUUUUUUUGGUUUCAGUGGAAAACGCAAUUUUGAAGUUUUAACAAGAAAAUUUGAUUUUCAGUUUUAGCGGAAAAACUCGAUUUUUAAAUUUUGUUGAAAAAAAAUAAUUUUCUUUUAUUUCGGUGGGAAAAAUCAAUUUUGUUGUUUUGGUCGGAAAAAUUGAUCACCUCCGUACAACAGAAGAUUUAACAAUUGAACUCACUGCUUCAUCUCGAAGCCCUGAACAAAAGUAUUGUAGAUGCCUCCACAGCCAAAUACCAUCACACAGAGAAACCCAAACAAUGAAUUUAAGUCGAGAACGGAAAAUCAAAAUCUGAAAAAGGAACAAAAGAAUAGAGACCCACAUACUGGAACCAGACACAAACCCAAAAAAAUCUUUAUUUAAUAUAUAAUGCAUGUUUUAUAUUUUUUUAAUCGCUAUGUUUAUAGUAAAUAUAAUUUAUUUUAAUCCGAUAUUAUUUUUUGAGAAAAGACUUUAUUUUUACCCUAUUUUUCUAUUAAUAGAAUAGAAUUUCAUAGUUAAAAUAAAUUAUAUUUAUCAUCCCCACAAAUUGCAAUAUAUUGUUAAGUAUAUUGUAAUAAGUCAUCGACCAAAAAGAAAAUGGUCUAACCAUGCAAAUUAUAACUGGACAUAUGUGUCAUACGAUAACUAAUGAAUAAAUUUCGAAACUAUUUCUUUAACCUAAAAUAAGUCUUGUAUAAAAAAAACAAAAAAGAGAAAGAAUUAAUUAAGAUAAUCGGUUUGGCUCAACAAAAAUAAUUGAAUGAAACCAAACCACAGAUUAAAGAAAUAGGGUCGUUACACUUUCUUUGUUAAUAUAGUAAUCCUUUACGUUUAGGAUAACAAAUGUGUUUGUGACAAAAAAAAAAAAGGAUAACAAAUGUGUAUGAACACACACACAAAGAGAGAUUUAUUUUCACUUUGUAUAAUUUUCAUUGGCAUCGUUAACGCUUUUGUUUCCAAAAUCCAAUAAAAUGGAAAUAGGGUCGUUACACUUUGUUUGUUAAUGCCUUAAGGAUAAUAUGUGUGUAUGAACACACACACACACACACACACACACACACACACCAAAAGGGAUCUGUUUCAUUGUCACAAUCUACUUUAUAUGAUUUCGUUUACUAUCAUUAACUGUUAGUUUUGUUUCAAAAAUCCAAAUAAGGAAAACUACGCAUAAGACACUGAUGAAUCUUUCUAGCUGGCAUAAAAAAAGAAGCUGAAAUGGAUCGUCGCAUCCAGAGAGAGAUAGAGCGAUAUGCAUGUGCCCACACCUACUAGUCUACUACAGUCUACAGGUUGAAGUAACUUCGUGGUAACUUCUCAUCUUCACCUGUCUAUAUAUACGCACACAUUGAUCGAGAUCAUUAUCACAAAUCAAGUUCAGACUCUUCCUUUUUUUCAUACUCAAAACCAACUAAAAACACAUUAUGGCUAACAAUUUAGAUGCAAUUUCGAAGGAUGACUUUCUGAGUGAGGAGGAGCGUUUGUUCAUCCUUAAAACCGAGGUCGAGUCUUUGAAGGAACUGAAGGAACAUACGUAUCUCUUUGACGGUACCGUCGACCUAAACGUGCUUGCUGCCAAGACUAUGAACGCUACACGUGGUCACCUAAAGACAUUGGUUGGUACUGCAUGCGCAUUCGUUAUAAGGGCAGAAGAUAAGAAGAGAGGUCAUGAAGUCCCAUCCGGGGAGGUUUUAACGGUCACUAUGGAGGAUUUCGACUUUGCAUGGGGAUUGGUUAAGCAGAUAGAUCCUGCGGAAUUUGAAAAAAAAAAGUCCUUCGAAGCCAGCGAGAAAGAGGACGUAAAACUAAGUCAAGCAAGAAAAUAGUUUGAUUCAAAAAAACCAUAUGGAAUAAAUUUAUUAACAUUGAGCAUUAUAUGAUGCGUACGUAGUACUUGGCUUGUAAGUGAACUAAUAUGGGUUUGAUGCAUAUUUUAUAUUUUAUUCCUCUUUAUUGAACUAAUAUAUAUGUGGAAUUUAUUAUCUUUCUCUUUUCUUUUUCGGCAAAAUGUGUGGAUGGUGAAUAUAUGCGUUUGAAAAACAUAAUGCUAAGCAUAACUUGUGUCUUGAAUUUUUCUUUCGAAAACUGUUUACCAACAAAUUGUAAAUAAGCAAACAAAAGUGUCAAACAUAAAUAUAAGUUAUAAGAAGAAGAAAAUGCAGAGUAAAAUUAGUAAC